AUGGAUCAAGGACCUCCCGACAGCAAGCGCAUGCGCUUCUGGGAGCCGUCUGGUGCUACGCGGCCGCAUCCUAAUACUCAACCUCUUCCUCCUUCAUCUCAUCAUCCUCUCCCUCCUCCCUCUCACGCUCCGCAUGCUUCGUCGACCCAGCUGCCGCCGCCGCAGCCGCCUCCUCAAGGUCCCAACCAUCACUACCACCACCACUCGGCGAGCGCCAGCCCAUAUCAAUACCCGCCUCGUGCCUCGGAGCUGCCUCUGCCUGCGCCAACGCCAGUGUCACUUCAUGGGCAUGCCCAACAGCACCCAGAGAUUGACCGUCGACACUCGGAUCAAGAGACUCUCGCUCCCAUGCAGGAUCCGUACCGUCAACCACCGCCGCCGCAGCAUCACCCAGGGCUUCAGCAUCCGGGGUCACAGCAUCCUAUGUCUCCUGCACAUGCGCCCUAUCAGUAUCCCGGUCGAGACACCAUAGUAAAGCGAGAGCCUGGUGAUGAUCUUCGAAGGCCAAACUCGACAGGACAUGCGCCAGACGCUCAUCCACCGGCACCACAAGUCGUAUCGACACCUCAUUCUCUUCCGCCUCAGCUCCCCCCGCCUCAGCAACAUCCUCAGUCACAUCCUCAGCAUCAGCAGCAGCCACCGCAACCGCAGCAAUAUCCUCCGCAACACCUUCAGCAACACCCUCAGCAGCACCCUCAGCAGCACCCUCAGCAGCACCCUCAACAGCAACAGCAGCAGCCGCCGACGCCGCAGCAGCAACAUCCUCCUCCACCUCCUCCACCUCCCGCUUUUCAAGAUAACCCGCCACCACCUCGACACAUGAAUUACGAGAAUCAGCCGUCUAUGCCUCCGACUCCCGGAGCCUAUCGCGCCCCAAGCUUUCCUCCUGGGCCUCCUACACCGAUCGCACAACAACAGCCUUACGAGCAAAACCCUAAUUUCCAGCCCCAAGAGCCGUUUUACAGCGUCUACUCAACAGCGGCGAAGAAGAAGAAUACAAGGGCUUCACAGGCGUGUGACCAGUGUCGGCAGCUUAAAGCUAAAUGCGACGAGUUGAAACCAUGUAAAACAUGCAGAGAUAAGGGCACAGAGUGCCGAUACCGUGAUCCAGUACCAAAAGCAACCGACAAAGCUCAGACAGACAUUUUGGAGGGCAUCAACAGCAUGCAGUCUACGCUUCAGUUCAUGUCUGAACGCUUUGGAACUAUUGACGAUAGACUGACCAAGAUUGAGUCCGCCUUUUCAAGGAUACCACAAUUUUUUGAGGAAUUUACGCCAAGGGCCAUUCCUAAAAAGGAGCUUGAAGCUGCACCACCGCUAUCCCACCCAAGCCCGCCGCCGCCACCGCCGCCGCCGCUGCAGCUGCAGCCGCAGCCACUGGAAGAGCCGCCAAUCCGCCGAUCUCCCGUAGCUGAUAUAUCUCGGGAUCAGCCGGUAAUGUCUACCGAAACGGUACCUACAGAAGUAAUGUCUAGUGAUGCUGUAGCCAUGGCUUUCGGCACCGAGGACGAAAUAGAAGCAGAACCUGGUCCUCCCGUGCCUCCAGGAGAGCCUGCCAUCCCUAUUAACCAUACGACUUUGGCUGGGCUUCUCUUGGAUUGGGAUCCGAUCAGGGAAUUGACACGGCACCACCUGGAGCGGGAAGGCAUUAAAUACGUCAGCGAGUAUCCCAUCAGUCUAGAGCAGAGUCGCGGAAUUCUCAAGGUGUACGGGCGAGGCGAAGACUCUCACCAGCGACUUUCUAGAGAGGCGACUGCCGAUCAUGGAAAUGCAGAGAUUGGCGAUGAUAACCUGUCAGACAUUGUAGCUUCCUCUCCCGCGGCGGACUGGGGCCAGCUUGGAGGGGGCCUGAGCCCCGGCGAUCAGAUCGAGUACCGCGGCGGCGUUCUCGGCCCUGAUGGAAACCCAGAUUUCAGCGAACACAAGGUUGCGGCCUACGUGGAAAGCUUCAAGAACAACAUCUUGAACAUGCACCCCAUUAUUCACCCACAGGUUCUCGACGAAUGGGUUCACCAGUUUAUCAAUGAGCUCCCCACUGCGAACCCAAAAGUGAAGGCCCAGCCUCUGAAAUCGACAUUUGCUGUAUCGCAGCCGAUGGAAAUGACUGGCGCCAAGAGAAAGCGAAGUCCCGAUCCAGAUGCGCCUGUGACGCCAUCUUCCCAGCGUCUCGGCAAGCCAAGCCGUUCUAUCCAUAGCGCACUUAUUCUCAUCGUCUUGGCUCUGGGCAAAAUCUGUUUGUACCAAGAUGAAGUUCCUGAUGUGCUUUUCCCGGUCGAUCCAAUCCCUCAUGGAAGCCCAGUUAGUCGCAACGGAGUUCCUCCGUCGCCAAUCCAGGGCUCGCCCCCGUCGUUCUCAAAUCAGUCUCACUCUUCUGGCUUCCCUUCACCCAGGGACCAGGAGCGCGGCUACCAGAGCAGAAGAUCAUCUAUCCAUGGCACUUCCAGUGCGUCCGGGACCGCGGCCGUUCGCGCAGGGUAUAACCUGAAGAAGAACUACGAGGUGAUUCCUGGCUUGGAAUAUUUUGCACUGGCAACGGACAUUCUUGGAAACCACCUCGGCGCGUACAACAAUAUGAAGAACGUCUAUGCCAACAUAUUUGCUGGGCUGUAUCAUGGCCAGCUUGCGCGGCCGUUGGAGAGUUUUGCCUUUAUUCACAAAGCGAGCCACAAAUUGCAAGUUCUCAUGAGACCGAGUUUGGACAAGCUGAAGAAGAUCAAGACCAACAUGGAAUUCAUCCAGGAAGGAAAGUAUAACCAGCUGGCACUCGCCUUUUGGACGUGUCUGCAGCUAGAGAGUGAUUUGAUUGCUGAGCUUCCGCUCCCGCCUUCUGGCCUUUUGCAGUACGAGAACGACAUGCCCCAGCCCAACAUGAGCCUUCUCCAGGGAUUCGACCAAAGAGUUGUAGACAGCUACCCCGCUCAGCUCUAUCUCCGAACGCACUUGAACAGUAUCCAUCGCAUGUUUUACUCUCCCGACGAUUCCAGCAAGCCUGAGAAACUGAAGAAUGUUAGACUAGUGGCAGAUGGCGUGUCUGGUAUGUCCUGGGUCCCCCCCAGCUUCCGCUUUAACGAGACCGACCCCCCUGCAAACGACAUUCUGUCGGCGCGCCUUAGAGCCAAGUACUGGGGAGCCCAGAUGAUUACCUAUCGUCCGUUUGUCCGCCAAAUUCUGCAGUGGUCCUAUGAGUUGAAACGCCACCCUCAAAGCCCACACGCUGGCGUCUUGUCAGAGUAUCGAUAUGGGGUCAUCGCGCCCUUCAUCCCUCCGAAUGUUAAGAAGCCAAGCGACCUUGAUCGUUCCCUCAUUGAGUUGGCUCGAAAGGGUAUUUAUGCUCUUAUUGAAAGCACAAGAUCGUUCCACGGACUCGGAGAGAAACGACCUAUUAUUACUAACGUGUUUGGCACGGCUCAUGCCCAAUGGGGUAAUCUCCUCGUCCUGGCUGCCGCCUACAAGGACCCUGUUUUGCAAGAGUUUGUACCCAAGGAGUUACUGCGCGAGCUGUUUCUGAAGACGAUUGCAUUCCUUCGACAGUCUGCGACGCAUACGAGCUCUCUGAGGAUUGACAUGCACAUCUUGGAGGGGCUCCAGCGUGAUCUGUUCCAUUCGGAUGGAAGAAUGGCCUCGAGCUUUUCUAGCAACACUGGCCAUCAUACCCCCAAGCUUCCGAUGGCGGCACCACCAUUUAACGGCGAUGCUGGUAUCCAACCGCCUCUGCCGCCGCCACCGCCGCAUCAAUCGCCUCAUCAUCAGCAGUCGCCUCACCAACAGCCACUGCAGCCGCCUCGAGCGCAACAGUCGCCUCUGGCACAUAUGCCGCAUCUGGGGAUGUCUUAG